UGAAGAGUCAAAAAGCUCGCGGAAGGAGCAUGGAGCAGUCACUUCAAGGCAGAAGAAGGGCAAGACCAAGCUGGAGAAGAAGAAGCAGAAGCAGAGAGAGAAAGAUCUCUCUGUAGAACUUCUCUCCUUUGAGAAACCUUCAGCUUGCAACUCCAACUCAAGAUUUGAACUACGUCUCCCUAUAUUCCAGGCAGACCAUUGAUAUUGCAAUAUGUUGGUGCCGGUGCUGAUAUUAUUCUCGGUUUCAUGUUUUGCUGCUGCCAUCUACUUCACCUUCCUGGAUGGUUGGUAUCUACUUCGCCUGGCCAUCGUGUACUUUCGUUGGAGGUUGGCAGGUCCCCAAACAAAAGCGUUGGAUGAAAGUAUAAGGUACAGCUGGGUCUUGCCUGCCGAUCUGGACUGGGUGGGGCACAUGAAUAAUGCGCGCUACGCCCGGGAGGCCGAUUUCGGCCGGUAUAUAUACAUGUUCCGCUGUGGCCUCUUGCAAACCAUCUGGAACCGUAAGCUCACUACCGUGCUGGUGGCUUCCUCUUUGCGUUUCCGUCGCUCUUUGAAACUGUGGGAACACUUCAAAAUCCGGACACGCUUGUUAGGCUGGGACGACCACGCGUUUUUCCUGGAGCAACAAUUUAUCAGUUGCCAAGAUGGGUUUAUCUGUGCCAUUAUGCUGGCCCGGCAUCACGUGACCGGCAUAUCUCCAAGCGAAGUCCUCCAGAUUCUGUACGGGAGGCAGGUGGAAUCUCCUGAAAUCCCUGAAGAUGUCCACUGCUGGCUGAAAAGCAACCAAAUCAACAGAGAAAGACUAAAGAAUGAGGUUGAGAAGAAUAGCAAAAGCGAGUAGAAGGUUCUUCAGAUCUGCUGAUGGGCUGUCUUUGGAAACAUCUGGGCCACCUGUUUUUCUGUAUAAAGCCAAAGAAAUGUUCUUUAUAAUCAUAUCUUGUGUUGUCAUGAGUAUCCCGGGGGUUAGGGGUGUAGGAGAGUCAAGUGGUCCUACACGGAUGACGAUUUUAUUAUACAAAGGCUGACAUCAACUGUUGUGACCCAGGCCCAAGUAGGUAGUAGGAAACUCAGUCCGUGAAAAAAAAAAAAAAACUUAAUUCGAACAGCUGAGAAUGACUUCAUUCCCAGUGUAGUUCAACUCAAAUUAAAACAAAUUCCUCCCAACACAAAUUCCUCAGUCCUAUCGAAAACCUUGGUCCAAUUAGGCAAACUGCCAAAGGCCUUUCUUGGCACAUGUUCAGAAGUCACAAAAAUAAAUGCAAGACAUAGACAAAGCAGAAGACGAAGCUACCAACGUUGUUUUCCGGCAAAGCCCAAACACCGUUGCUGGUCUGUUUUAAGCUUUCUGGGAGGGGCCAAUCAUCUCUUGGCCCUACUCCCGAGUUGUCCUUUUUGCUUGAGCUGCUCUUGCCUUCUGGCAGCUCUUCUCAUGCGUGCACUAGGAACAGGCUCCUUCUGUUUCUCUGCCUCACUACUAUCAGUCUCUGGAGGCUCUGGAGUCCGCACCUCACUCCCCAAUGGCCCUGGCCUCACCUCAGCCUCAUCGCUGUCUGACUCCGUUGCCAGCUCCGCAGGCUGCUGACGGACCACAAAACCAAUUAUAUCAUUUACAUCAUUUGAGAAAGGACAUCAAGACGGACAUCAUCAUCAUGGUUUCUACCAGAUGCUGCCAUAUUCUGUGGACUGAACAACAGCGGGAUCAGCCCUAACGAAUGGAAGGCUGUAGGCCUGAUAAAACUUUAGAUCUGAUACCAAAAGAAGAUUUAAUUAGAUUUGUUGUUGGGUCAUUUGUUGUCAACAUUAUUCCUAGAAUAAAAGCCUGGGACAGUGUCUUCAUCUUUACCGUGUUUCCCAACUCCAAUUUCAUAGGCGUGAAAGUUGGGCAAAUUUGUGGUUAGAAUUUGAAUCGGAGCUUGUGCAACACAGUUCUGCAAUCGGAGCUGUUGCAAUAUUUCCUGCAGAGAAUUUUUCAAGGGUUCAGCUUAAACUUCCAGUUGAGUUUUAGGCCUGGUUGGGAGACGGGGGUUUAAUGGUGCAGGAUCCAACCUGGGUCCAUCAUCCGCAUGAGAGGUUUUGUCUUCCGAGCUUUCAGACUCAUGGUGGACUCAUCUUAAGAAGGGAACUUCUCUCUAGCAGAGCGUGUGCUCUUCUGGGUGUGGUAUGUAUAGUGCCGGUUCCGUAUGACUUUUUAAAUGUUGAUUGGGGUGUGCUGAUGGCCAGCUCUUAAGUUAUUGGCUGGCAUUUGUUUGUGUUGCCCAGUCCUUGCCUUCUAAGUAAUUGAUAGGCUGGUGGUAUAUCAGCACUCCUUUUGAUUGACAAUGGGCCCGUUCAAUCACUUCCCUGUCUGUUUUUGUGCCUGCUCAUCCAACAAUCUUGGUAGCUGCAAAAUUGAAUGUCUGUCCUUGUUCAUUGUAGUGUGAGGCUACCAAUGAGUCCUCAAGCAGUCAAACGAAGAGACUUGAACUCAUUGGUAGCCUCAAGGGAUCUUGGAGUCUUAAUGGACAACUAGUUAAAAAUGAGCCAACGGUGUGCGGCGGCAGCCAAAAAAAGCCAACACAAUCCUAAAUUGCAUUAACAGAGGGUUGUAAUCAAAAUCAAGUGAGGUGCUAAUACCACUCUAUAAAGCCUUCGUAAGACAACACCUAGAAUGCCUAGUUUGUAUUGCAAACUAGGGAAUACAAAACCUUUGCUAGACCAGUUCUCAAAUACAGCUCACCUGUCUGGAACCCGCACUGCGUAUCGGACAUUAACACAAUAGAGUGAGUCCAGAGAUAUUUCACAAGAAGAGUCCUCCACUCCCCUGCUCACAACAGAAUACCUUAUGCCACCAGGCUUAAAAUUUUGGGAUUAGACAAUUUACAACUAGGCAGACUUCAGUCUGCCCUAAGCUUAGUACACAAAAUUAUCUGCUACAAAGUCCUACCAGCCAAUGACUACUUCAGCUUCAACCACAACAAUACAUGAGCACACAAUAGAUACAAACUCAAGGUAAACCGCUCCAAACUCAGUUGCAGAAAAUACGACUUCAGCAACAGAGUGGUCAAUGCCUGGAAUGCACUACCUGACUCUGGUUUCUUCCCCAAACCCUCAAAACUUUAACCUUAGACUGUUUACUGUUGACUUCAUCCCAUUCCUAAGAGGUCUGUAAGGGGCGUGCAUAAGUGCACCAACGUGUCUACCAUCUCUGUCCUACUGUCCCCAUUUAUUUGUAUUCAUUUCCUGUAUGCAUGAUCAUGUUUAUACUUAUAUCUGUUAUCUAAUACAUGCUUGACAAAUUAAAUUAAAUUAAAUUAAAUAAAUGAAA